CAGAGAAGAAAUUCUAGAGAAAAAUUUGUCAACUAGCCCAGUUCGUGAGCGACUGCUGGAAUAGUGGUUAUUCUGGACCAGGAACUUUUUUUUGGUUAUUUAUUGGGUUACUUACCUUGGGAAACUACUCAUAAUGUCUAAGUUAGAGGCAGCUUCAGACUCUGGUAGCCUCAAAACAUCUUCUUGUAGUUUUCAGGAAGUGGCAGCCUUGCCUAGACCCAACGGGGAAUCUUUCAGUGGAGGUUAUUUUGGUUCAAAUAUGGAUUUGGUACCAAGAACAAACGUAAACGAAACGUUUUCGAACUCUACUGGACAACAAUACUAUUCAGCAACUCUUCCAACGGCAGCAUGUCAAGGAACACGAGGUGAGAGAGAUUUUCAAGGAAGGGAACAGUUUCUUCAACAAAAUUAUGGCUCCAUCUCGGAAAGAUUUGGUGCAGUGUCGCAAUUAAUGGGAACUGCUGGAUAUUUUUCAAGUGUUUUGCCCCAUCCAGUGGAAGCUAGCGGUGAGCCAACGAGGUUUUCCCAGCUUACGCCACCCUCAACCUGGUCGGGAAUGAAGCCAAACUUUGGCAGUGGAGCGGAGGUUCCUGCGAAUGUUUCAAAUGCUUUGGGCGUUUCCCAGUGGUCGGCACCACCAGGUAGAUUGCCAGAGGAGAUUCCACCAACUUUUUCUUUCGACUCGAGUGAUCCCUCAGGAAGGGACAAGUUGAUAUACGACUUGGAGCGUGUUAAUCACUGGCUUCGUUCGGAAUUGGAGUUGGCUAGGAAAGAAAUUGAUCGAUUGCGUUUACAAUUGGCAGAGCACGAAAAGGGUAAGAACAAACAGGAGAACUCGAAAACGCAGUCAAGAUACUGGACCCCGAGUGAACAUCAGAGAUUUCUGGAGGCGCUUCGAAAGUUUGGGCACAAGGAUGUUAAGUCUAUUUCGAAUUAUGUCGGAACACGGAAUCCCACUCAAGUGAGGACACACGCUCAAAAAUAUUUUUUGCGCUUGUUUAAGGAAUCACGAAAUCGACAAGAACAGGGUAUGGGUCGAGGUUUUUCUGCAAGUAGAAGGUCAAUGAGUGAGCCUGAUUUGAACCGAGCAGAGUUGCAGAAUAGUUCUACAACACAAAUGUAUUGUCAAGAUAACGAAAUGUCGCGGGAGCAGAAAGAGAAUGAUGAUAGUUACGCAUCUAACUUGGGUAGCAGUUGUCAAGCUGCAGAACCCAAGAAUGGCAUUCGACUCUUGUCUUUGGUGGCGACUAACGAAACCAAUUCUCAUGACAAACCAGGAGAAGACAGAAUGAACAUUCAAGAAAACACGUCAUAACAUUCGGCUUUUUGAGUUAUGUAUUAUAUGCUUUUUAAUU